AUGCUCUUGACGUCCAUCCCCACCAUCCUCUUUGGUCUCUCGACGGCCAAUGCGGCGCUCACGUAUCGUGGCGUCGACUGGUCAUCGGUGACCGUUGAAGAAAGAGCAAAGGUCUCGUACAAGACAGCCAGCGGCGAGGCGAAAGCUCUCGAGAACAUCCUCGCCGCAAGCGGCGUCAACACGGUCCGGCAGCGAAUAUGGGUGAACCCCCAAAACGGAGACUAUAACCUUGCCUACAACAUCGCACUCGCAAAGAGAGCAAAGGCUGCGGGACUGGGUGUGUAUCUGGACCUGCACUACAGCGAUACGUGGGCAGAUCCCGGCCACCAGGCAAUCCCUUCGGGAUGGCCCACUGCCAUCGAAGACCUCUCCUGGAAGCUGUACAACUACACCCUGGAUGUUGCAAACCAGUUCCAGAGCAACGGCAUCCAGCCCACGAUCAUCUCGAUCGGGAACGAGAUCACGGCUGGUCUCCUAUGGCCGACGGGGGGGACUUCUUCUUACUCCAACAUAGCGAGGCUGUUGCACUCGGCCGCCUCCGCAGUUCACGACUCGACACUCGAUCCAAAGCCCAAGAUCAUGAUCCACCUCGACAACGGCUGGGACUGGGGCACGCAGCAGUACUUCUACCAGAAGGUGCUCUCUCAGGGGACCCUGGUCGAGUCCGACUUUGACAUGAUGGGCGUCUCGUAUUACCCCUUCUAUAACUCGGGCGCCACACUUGCGAGCCUGAAGACGAGCUUGACAAACAUGGCCAACAUGUGGGGCAAGGAGAUCGUGGUCGCCGAGCUCGACUGGCCGACCUCGUGCCCAAACUCUCGCUAUGAUUUCCCGAGCGACAUCAAGAGCAUCCCGUUUACUGCGGCGGGUCAGGCGACUUUCAUAGAGCAAGUUGCCAGUGUUGUUGCGGGGGUGAAGAACGGUAAAGGCCUGUUCUACUGGGAGCCUGCUUGGAUCCACAACGCGAACCUGGGAUCUUCAUGUGCCGACAAUUGCAUGUUUUCGCAGUCAGGACAGGCCCUGUCGAGCAUGUCUGUAUUCUCCAAGAUCUGAAAAGCCGAGUCUGCGAGCUGUACAUACCUAAGUAGUCAACACGCUGCCGCAUUGGGCAGAGUUGAUCAGAUCUUUGGCUGCCCUGC